AUGUCUCAGAAACCAGAGGUGGCUGAGAGUGCCGCCGACAUUGGCACCAAGCCCGACGUCGAAACCACCGAGUCGAUCCACAAGGCCGGCGGUGCCAAAGGCGGAAAAGGAAGAGAUAAAGCUGCUGAGCUACUCGCAUCAAGCGAACGUAUCGUCGUCACGUCAGAAGACAACAAGCGGGUGCUGAAGAAGAUUGAUCUCGUCAUCCUGCCCAUUCUCCUGAGCGUCUACUUCCUCCAAUCCCUCGACAAGACGACUCUAUCCUACGCCUCGGUUUUCGGUCUUAUCAAAGAUGCCAAACUCGACCCAAACUCGCAGCAGUACUCCUGGCUAGGAAGCAUCGUGUACAUUGCGCAGUUGGUAGCGCAGCCCCUCGUUGCAUUUCUGCUCGUCAAGCUGCGAAUGGGCAAGUUUAUUGGCGCCAUGGUCUUCACAUGGGGUUGUAUCCUUUGCUGUAUGGCGGGUGCAAAGAACUUUGCCGGACUCAUGGCGACGCGGUUUCUGCUGGGUGCUUUUGAGGCUGCAGUUGCUCCUGCUUUCAUUGCCGUCGUCCAAAUGUGGUACAAGCGCGGUGAACAAACGAACCGGAACGCGGCCUGGUACGCCAUGCUGGGUAUUGUCAACAUCCUUGGUAGCUUGCUAUGCUAUGGCCUUGGACACAUCAACUCGGACCUCCUGCACUCGUACCAAAUCAUCUUCCUUUUCUGCGGACUUCUUACUGUCGUUGUCUCGAUAUUUGUCUGGAUUUUCAUGCCCGACUCGCCCAUGGAAGCCAGUUUCCUGAAUGAACACGAAAAGCUCAUCGCGGUAGAGCGUCUGCGCAUGAACCAGAUGGGUGUCGCAUCGCGAGUCUGGAAGUGGGAUCAUGUACUCGAGGCGUUCCUAGACCCAAAAACAUGGCUCUGGUUCUCCAUGUUGACGGCCAUCAGCAUUCCCAGUGGCGGCAUCAGCGCAUUCGGUCCGUUAAUCAUCGAAGGAUUCGGGUUCGGCAAGUUCGAGACCAUCUUGUUCAACAUGCCGUUUGGCGUGGUGCAGAUCGUGGCAACAGUAGGCGGCGCAUGGCUAGCUACACGGCUGAAGAAGAAGUCGCCGGUGCUUAUCCUCUUGUGCAUUCCUCCAAUUGCCGGCAUCAUCAUCCUCAUGGUCGUUGGUCGCGGGGCGUCAAAUCGCGGAGUCUUGCUCUUUGGAUACUACUUGACAUCCUUCUAUCCUGGUAUCUCGCCACUUAUCUAUUCGUGGUCGGGUCAGAAUACCGGUGGAGACACCAAGCGCAAGGUCACUACCAGUAUCCUUUUCGUCGGAGCCAGUGCAGGUAACAUUAUCGGGCCCCAGCUGUUCAAGCCCUCCGAAAAGCCAUAUUACAAGCGUGGUCUCCGCGCAAACCUUGCUCUCUUCAUCACAAUCAUUGUGUUGAUCUUGAUCGCAGUGGUAUGGAUCAAACUGCUCAACCGCAAGCAUGCUGCGACGCGAGAGAGCAUGGGCAAGUCAGCCGUCGUCGUCGACACUAGUAUGGGCUCUGCCCGCGAAGGUAGCGCCGAGGAAGCCGAGAUCGAAGCAAGCGGCGUAGGCGACAAGGCCUUUGAUGACGUGACCGAUAUCAAGAACGAAGAUUUCAUCUACGUUUAUUAA